AUGUCUCACUCGAUAGCAAUUUUAAGUCGACAAAUGACACAAUUGUUAUGGAAUUUGACAUUCAUGAAAGCAAAAGUGCUCGUUAUGAUGAUAAUUGUGAUAACAUUCAGUCAUGCAAAUAACACAUGGGAUAAUUGGAUACGAUUCGAUGAGAAUUAUUUGCUACAGUGGAGUGUAAAGGAUGCAGAUAUAACGUUCGAGAUGCAAGUUAGGACGCAUGGUUAUGUUGGAUUCGGGCUGUCACGUGAUGGAACGAUUUAUGGUGCAGAUGUCUUCAUAUCGUGGAUUGAUGAUGGUCACAUGUUCUUUUACGAUUGCCACAUCAAGACACACACACAGACAAGCGAGCCAGUCGUGGACACAUCACAAGACUAUGAGCUGUUAUCAGGCAGUGAGAACUCAACCCACACAAUUCUGAGAUUUCGAAGGAAGUUAAACACAUGCGAUGACAAAUCAGAUGUUCCAAUUACGAACGACACAAUGAACAUAAUCUUCUUAUACACAGACGAGAAGCCAAAGCGGGGUCAAUUCCGCAGUGAUAAUUCACCAAAUUUAUCUCACGCAAUUCUCCAAAUUCGAUCACUUUUACUCCUCCAACGUAGUCCAAAUUUAAUCAGCAAUAGCAACAAGACAUUCGAAAUGUUCGAGAUCCGCAAUGACAUGUCCAACGUGACAUCACACGGAUUACUCAAAUGGUGCCAUAGUUUUAGAAAUAAAUUAACAAAUCAUCACAUUGUACGAUACGAGUCGAUAUUUUCAUCACUAGAAUCAAAGAAUUUCAUCAAUUUUAUGAGAAUUUAUGAGUGUAAAUCGCAGCUUAGUGACUUAAGGAAUGCUGAUGAUGUCAAUGAUGAGUGCAGCGAGAGAUUAAAACUUGAACGGAAGUGCUUCACAACAAUUGCAAUUUGGACGAAAGGAUCUGAUGGAUUUACAUACCCAGAUGAUGUGGGAUAUCCAUUAGACAGUACAGAGUCCGACAACUUCCUUCUCGAGAUCCAUUAUCAAGACAUUCCAAAAGAGUUUCAAGACUCAUCCGGAUUUCGGAUCUUCCACACGUCUGAGCGACGAAAAUUUGACGCCGGAACAAUUGCAAUGAACAUUCGACCAAACUUCCUUCACAUUAUUGCCCCGGGAUAUAAACGUGUUGUGUCUAUUGGACAUUGUACAUCAAAUUGCACGCAAAAAGCAUUUCCAGUUGACGGAUUGAAUAUUUUCGGCAUAACAAUGCAGACACAUAGUGCGGGUACAAUGGUGAAAAUUAAUUUAGUAAGAAAUGGAGAGGAACUUGAGCCAUUAGCACAAGACUCUAAUCUCAAUUCAAAUUAUAUUGAGACACGUCUAUUGAAUAAUUCAAGGAAAUUAUAUCCUGGUGAUCAUUUGAUGGUCGAAUGCACAUACAAUUCAUAUAAACGUGAGCGAUUCACGCUGGGUGGCGAGUCAUCGAAUGAAGAAAUUUGUAUGGCAAAUAUUAUGUAUUAUCCGAGGCAGGAACAACUCGUUGCAUGUAAUUCACAAUCGAAAAUAUCGGAUGUCCUUAGGGCACUUGGAAUUGAGGAACUUGGGAAGAAUUGGAAUCAAACAGUCAUAACGAAGCCGGAUAGGUAUGCAGGAAGAACGCUUGAGAAACAUUUGGAACUUUAUGAUUGGAAGAAUGAGUUCUUUACAUUUGAGAGAAUCAUAAAGACAUCAGCAUUUGAUGGUUAUUGUAACAGUGCUUUUGUUGCCACACGGAUAUCAGGAACGCCAGCCGUGAUAACAAAGCCAUAUCGUCCACCCGACUCAUUCUGCACCUCACCGCGUUCCAAUAAACAAACAAACGACGACGAUGCAAAUGAAAAUUCUAUCGAGGAUGAUAAGAGCAAAGAAGUACGAAGCCCAUCGACAUUAUUGCAGCAAACAUCAAAUAAUGAAUGCAACCAGGCAACCGUUUCGAUAUUCGUUCUUAUGGCCAUCAUUCGAGUAUUCAUUGUGUAA